GGUUUCUCUACUCAGUCCUGUGAGUCGUCUUGAAAAUGUCAGAUGCAAUGAUGGCAGAGUUCGGGAAAGCCGCUCCGUAUCUGAGGAAGUCCGACAAGGAGCGCUUGGAAGCUCAGACAAGGCAAUUCGACAUAAAAAACGAAUGCUUCGUGGUGGAUGACAAGGAGGAGUACGUGAAGGGACAAAUCCAAAGCAAAGACGGAGGAACCGUGAAGGUCAAGAAGGAGGACGGGACGACAGUGACCGUCAAGGAGGCGGACGUCCACCCGCAGAACCCCCCCAAGUUUGAUAAGAUCGAAGACAUGGCAAUGUUCACCUUCCUCCACGAGCCGGCGGUGCUGUUUAAUCUGAAGGAGCGCUACGCCGCCUGGAUGAUCUACACCUACUCUGGCCUCUUCUGCGUCACGGUCAACCCGUACAAGUGGCUUCCCGUCUACGACGCCGAGGUGGUGGCCGCCUACAGAGGGAAGAAGAGGAGUGAAGCUCCACCGCACAUCUUCUCCAUAUCGGACAACGCCUACCAGUACAUGCUGGCCGACAGGGAGAACCAGUCGGUCCUCAUCACCGGAGAAUCCGGGGCUGGCAAGACCGUCAACACCAAGAGGGUCAUCCAAUAUUUUGCCAGCAUUGCCGCCGUCGGCGGAGGAGGCAAAAAAGACUCCAGCAAAGGGACGCUGGAAGAUCAGAUCAUCCAGGCUAAUCCGGCACUAGAGGCCUUCGGUAAUGCCAAAACCCUGAGGAACGACAACUCUUCUCGCUUUGGAAAGUUCAUCAGAAUCCACUUCGGGACCAGUGGCAAGCUGUCCUCCGCAGACAUCGAGACCUACCUGCUGGAGAAGUCCCGCGUCACCUUUCAGCUCAAAGCCGAACGAAACUACCACAUCUUCUACCAGAUCCUGUCCAAUCAGAAGCCGGACCUUCUGGACAUGUUGCUGAUCACCAACAACCCCUACGACUACUCCUACAUCUCCCAGGGAGAAGUUACGGUGGCCUCCAUCAACGACUCCGAAGAGCUGAUGGCGACAGACAGCGCCUUUGACGUGCUGGGCUUCACCCCGGAGGAGAAGAUGGGGGUCUACAAACUGACGGGCGCCAUCAUGCACUACGGCAACAUGAAGUUCAAGCAGAAGCAGCGUGAGGAGCAAGCCGAGCCAGACGGGACCGAGGCGGCAGACAAGUCUGCCUACCUGAUGGGGCUCAACUCCGCCGACCUCAUCAAAGGGCUGUGCCACCCCCGAGUCAAGGUCGGCAACGAGUACGUGACAAAAGGCCAGAGUGUAGACCAGGUCUACUAUGCCAUCGGUGCCCUGGCCAAGUCCGUCUACGAGAAGAUGUUCAACUGGAUGGUGGUCAGAAUCAACCAGUCUCUGGACACUAAACAGCACCGGCAGUACUUCAUCGGCGUGCUGGACAUCGCCGGGUUUGAGAUCUUUGAUUUCAACACCUUUGAGCAAUUGUGCAUCAACUUCACGAAUGAGAAGCUCCAGCAGUUUUUCAACCACCACAUGUUUGUCCUGGAGCAGGAGGAGUACAAGAAGGAGGGGAUCGACUGGGAGUUCAUCGACUUCGGCAUGGACCUCCAAGCUUGUAUCGAUCUCAUUGAAAAGCCCCUGGGGAUCAUGUCCAUUCUGGAGGAAGAAUGCAUGUUUCCCAAAGCCAGCGACCAGACCUUUAAGUCCAAACUCUACGACAAUCAUCUGGGCAAGAACAAGAUGUUCGAGAAGCCCAGAGCCGCCAAGGGAAAGUCAGAAGCUCAUUUUGCUCUGGUCCAUUACGCCGGCACCGUGGACUACAACAUCUCCGGUUGGCUGGUGAAAAAUAAAGACCCCCUCAAUGAAACGGUGGUCGGUCUGUACCAGAAGUCGUCACUCAGGCUUCUGAGUGUGUUGUUCUCCAGCUACUCGGGUGGCGACGGCGGCGACAAGGGAGGCAAAGGAGCCAAGAAAAAAGGCUCCUCCUUCCAGACGGUGUCGGCUCUUCACAGAGAGAACCUCAACAAGCUCAUGACCAACCUGAAGACCACACACCCCCACUUUGUACGCUGCCUGAUCCCAAAUGAGAAGAAGACUCCUGGAGUCAUGGACAACGCCCUGGUCAUGCACCAGUUGCGCUGUAACGGUGUUCUCGAAGGCAUCCGAAUUUGCAGGAAGGGUUUUCCGAACCGCGUCCUAUACGGAGACUUCAAACAGAGGUACCGGAUCCUCAACGCCUCCGCCAUCCCGGAGGGUCAGUUCAUCGACUGCAAGAAGAGUGCGGAGAAGCUGCUGUCGUCUCUGGACAUCGACCACACGCAGUACAAGUUCGGUCACACCAAAGUCUUCUUCAAAGCCGGCCUGCUGGGGACUCUGGAGGAAAUGCGAGAUGAACAACUCUCGCGAAUCAUCACAAGAAUCCAGGCCAACGCCCGUGCGCUGUUGAUGAGGGCGGAGUUCGCCAAGCUGGUGGAGCGCAGAGAUGCUCUUCUGGUUGUCCAGUGGAACCUUCGCUCCUUCCUGAGUGUCAAGAACUGGCCGUGGAUGAAGCUCUUCUUCAAGAUCAAACCCCUGUUGAAGAGCGCCGAAUCGGAGAAGGAGAUGGCCAACAUGAAAGACGAGUUCAAUAAGCUGAAGGAAGCUCUGGAAAAAUCUGAAGCGCGUCGAAAGGAGCUGGAGGAGAAAAUAGUGACUCUUCUCCAAGAGAAGAAUGACCUGACUCUGCAAAUUCAGUCGGAGCAGGACACCCUAACAGACGCCGAGGAACGAUGCGAGCAGCUCAUCAAGAGCAAGAUUCAACUGGAGGCGAAGCUCAAGGAGAUGAGCGAGAGACUGGAGGACGAGGAGGAACUAAAUGCGGACCUGACAGCCAAGAAACGGAAGCUGGAAGACGAGUGCUCUGAGUUAAAGAAAGACAUCGAUGACCUUGAGCUGACAUUGGCCAAGGUUGAGAAAGAGAAGCACGCCACAGAGAACAAGGUGAAGAACCUGACAGAGGAGAUGGCGUCCCAGGACGAGAACAUCAUGAAGCUCACCAAAGAGAAGAAAGCUCUGCAGGAGGCCCACCAGCAGACACUGGAUGAUCUUCAGAGUGAGGAGGACAAAGCCAACAGUCUGAACAAAUCCAAGGUGAAGCUGGAGCAGCAGGUGGAUGACCUGGAGGGCUCCUUGGAGCAAGAGAAGAAAAUCCGGAUGGAGCUGGAGCGGUCGAAGCGGAAGCUCGAGGGGGACGUGAAGCUGACCCAAGAGAGUUUGAUGGAUUUGGAAAACGACAAGCAGCAGCUGGAGGAAAAGCUCAAGAAAAAAGACUUUGAGGUUUCCCAGGUCACCUCCAGGCUGGAGGACGAGCAGGUUGCUUCAGGGCAGCUCCAAAAGAAGCUGAAAGAAAACCAGGCGAGGAUCGAGGAGCUGGAGGAGGAGCUGGACGCCGAGCGUGCAGCUCGAGCCAAAGUGGAGAAGCAGCGCUCAGAUCUUUCCCGUGAGCUGGAAGACAUCAGCGAGCGUCUGGAGGAGGCCGGUGGAGCCACGUCAGCACAGGUGGAGCUCAACAAGAGGAGAGACACCGAAUUCCAAAAGCUCCGCAGAGAUCUGGAGGAGUCCACCCUUCAGCACGAAGCCACCGCCGCUGCGCUGAGGAAGAAGCACGCCGACAGCGUGGCCGAACUGGGCGAGCAGAUCGAUAACUUGCAGCGGGUUAAGCAGAAGCUGGAGAAGGAAAAAAGCGAGCUCAAGCUGGAGCUGGACGACUUUGCAUCAAGCAUGGAGAGCGUGGCCAAGAACAAAUCCAACGUGGAGAAGACGUGCCGAACGAUGGAGGACGCCAUGACGGAGUACAAAAGCAAAUACGAGGAGGCUCAAAGGUCCAUCAAUGACAUGACCACCCAACGGGCCAAGUUGCUUGCGGAGAACAGCGAGUUUGGACGUCAGAUGGAAGAGAAGGACUGUCUGAUAUCUCAACUGACCAGGGGGAAGAACUCCUACAACCAGCAGGUAGAAGACCUACGCAGACAACUGGAGGAGGAAGUCAAGGCCAAGAACGCCCUCGCCCACGCUGUGCAAUCUGCUCGCCACGACUGUGAUCUGCUCCGAGAACAGUUUGAAGAGGAGCAGGAGGCCAAGGCUGAGCUACAGAGAGCUCUGUCCAAAUCCAACACCGAGGUCUCGGCUUGGAGGACCAAGUACGAAACCGAUGCGAUCCAGAGAACCGAAGAGUUGGAGGAAGCGAAAAAGAAGCUGGUCCAGAGAUUGCAGGAGGCGGAGGAGGCCAUUGAGGCGGCCAAUGCCAAGUGUUCGUCCCUUGAGAAGACCAAGCACCGACUCCAGAAUGAGAUCGAGGACCUGAUGCUGGACCUGGAGAGGUCCAAUGCAGCUUCUGCAGCGCUGGAUAAAAAACAACGGGCUUUCGACAAAAUCUUAGCAGAGUGGAAGCAAAAGUUCGAGGAGUCGCAAUGUGAGCUGGAAGCCUCCCAGAAGGAGGCCAGAUCUCUCAGCACCGAGCUCUUCAAGCUAAGAAAUGCUUACGAGGAGUCCCUGGAUCAUCUGGAGACCACAAAGAGAGAGAACAAGAACCUGCAGGAGGAGAUCUCCGACCUCAGCGACCAGCUAGGCGAGGGCGGCAGAAGUGCUUGUGAACUUGAAAAAAUGAGGAAGCAACUUGAGCAGGAAAAGGCGGAGCUCCAGUCAGCACUGGAGGAGGCCGAAGGUUCCCUGGAGCACGAGGAGAGCAAGAUCCUGCGAGUCCAGUUGGAAUUCAACCAAGUGAAGGCCGACAUGGAGCGGAAACUGGCAGAGAAAGAUGAGGAAACGGAGCAGGCCAAAAGAACCUACCAGCGAAUGGUGGACUCGCUCCAGUCCUCUCUGGAGUCUGAGACCAGGAGCCGCAAUGAAGCGCUGAGAGUGAAAAAAAAGAUGGAGGGCGACCUCAACGAGAUGGAGAUCCAGCUCAGCCAAGCAAACAGGCAGGCGGUCGACGCCCAGAAGCAGCUGAAGACCCUCCAAGUCUUCCUGAAGGACACCCAGCUGCAGCUGGACGACACCCAGCACGGGAACGAUGACCUUCGGGAGAACAUCGCCGUCCUCGAACGUCGAAACAACUUGAUUCAAGCCGAGCUGGAGGAGGUGAGGGCCGUCCUGGAGCAGACGGAGAGAAGUCGCAAACUGGCCGAGCAGGAGCUGACCGACUCGACAGAGCGCAUGCAACUCCUCCACUCCCAAAACACCAGUCUGAUCAACCAGAAGAAGAAGCAGGAGGCCGACCUCCUCCACCUGCAGAAUGAAAUGGAGGAGGUCAUCCAAGAGAAUCGCAACGCCGAGGAAAAGGCAAAGAAGGCCAUCACAGAUGCGGCCAUGAUGGCUGAAGAGCUGAAGAAGGAGCAGGACACGAGCGCACAUCUGGAGCGCAUGAAGAAGAACAUGGAGCAAACCAUCAAAGACCUGCAGCACCGUCUGGAUGAGGCCGAGCAGGUCGCAAUGAAGGGCGGCAAGAAGCAACUCCAGAAACUGGAGGCUCGAAUCAAGGAUCUCGAGAACGAGCUGGAGGCGGAGCAGCGCAAAGGAAUCGAGUCCGUCAAAGGCAUUCGCAAGUACGAACGCCGCAUCAAAGAACUCACCUACCAGAGCGAGGAAGACCGCAAGAACGUGGCUCGCCUCCAGGACUUGGUGGACAAGCUGCAGGUCAAGGUGAAGUCCUACAAACGUGCCGCAGAGGAGGCCGAAGAGGCGGCCAACGGCAACGUGGCUAAAGUACGCAAGCUGCAGCACGAGCUGGAUGAAGCUCAGGAGCGGGCCGACGUGGCGGAGUCACAGGUCAACAAGCUGAGGGCCAAGACCAGGGAUGGAGUCGCCAAGAAAGGCCUGGACGAGUGAGGAGCGCCACCGCCGCUAAUGCGCCUUCCUGACGACGGACGGACCAGUCACGUGACAACACUUCCUUGUUCAGAGGGUGGCAAGUUACAAUGGCUGUGAUCGAAACCGCAUACUACUACUACUCAUACUAACUAUUUGAGUAUGCGGCGUGUCUACACUACAUUCGCCAGAAAUGUUGAUUAUGUAUCAGCUUACUACUCACACUCAAAUUACCCAGGAUGCAACGCGACGUGACGACACCGCGAAAAAAAAAACGCUGGCUGAACACUGAGCAGCAGGAUGGACCAAACGGCAGUGUCAAGCACGAUAUAUUGCGAGUUGGUUCGCUUCUUGUUUUCAAAGUAAAAGCAGUGAUUUAUCUCUAUGUUUUUUUUGUAUGAGAAAAGUAAAAUGGUGUUUUAUUUUGUAAAAAUAACCAAAAGUGCGUUGCUCACUUCGGUUAGCUUAAAUUUAGCCGAUUUAGUCCGAAAGAAAUUGUAAACGGUUUUUAUUUGGACAAAUAAAUGACAC